AUGCCGUCUCCCCAAGAUAUUGGUAUUGAAAAGACCAUUGUUCACGCGAACUUUAACAAGGAGAAGAUCAUCUACGACAUUGCGUUAAUUCGGCUGGAGAGACCUGCUGAGAUCACGAGAAACGUCAAGACCAUCUGCCUGCCUCUGUACGAGGACGUGCAGGGUAGCAUCUUGGGGCGCAGUGUUCAGCUAGUGACCGGCUGGGGGAUUUAUAACAACAGGGACUACUCCGAUGUUCCCAUCGAGGCACCUAUAAGUCGUCUGCAUCCCUCCGAGUGCCGCACGGGUCGACAUGUGGUGCUCUUAGAGAACCAGUUGUGUUUCAACUCCUCCGGCAAAGAUAGCUGCCGUGGCGACUCUGGGGGACCGCUUUCAUUUCCUUAUAUAUACAAAGGGCUGCAACGCUUCGUCCAGAUGGGCAUCGUGAGCUAUGGACCACAGGAGUGUGGAUCUGAAGGUACAGCUGUGUACACGGAUGUGAUGUGGUUCCUGCCCUGGAUAACUCAGAACAUUGAAUCAUAG